UGCCUUGCCCCUGACAUGGUGCUGGGAAAGGGGUGGCACGCUGAUAUCAGUGCUCUCACUCUGCUGGCCCAAAUCCAGCCCAGUGGGCUCGAGAUCAGGGGCCAGGACAAUGAGUGGAUCAAGGCCAAGUCCAUUCCCCACUCCUUUACUAUCCAGAUUGGUGACCUCAUGGAGGGGUACACGAACGGGCUGUACAAGAGUGUAGAGAACAGGGUGGUGGUGAGUGGAAAGAAGGAGAUGUAUUCAGUAGCGCUGGCGUUUGUGUCGGCCAUCGAGGCGACUGUGCAGCCGUUGCCUGAUCUUGUUAACGAGCAGAACCCAGCCAAGUACGAGCCUUUCAACUAUGGCAACUUUUAUAGGGUGAGGAGGCUCAGCAACUGUGUGAAAUUGGCGAGUGAGAAUGACAUUGUCACCAUUCACACCUUCAAGAAGCCUACUACUCCUGCUCCCACUGCUGCUGCUACUGUUGCUGCUUAAAUCUUUUCACCUCAAGCCACCCUAGUUUAUCUCUCUAUCUCUUAAAAUUUGCUUU